AUGGCGGAAGCUCCUCCUUUGAAUGCCCAAAUAAUUCGUGGACUUAACGACAGGGUGUACGAUAAGAGAAAGGCUGCGGCAUUAGAGGUUGAAAAAAUAAUCCGUGAAUGCUCUAAUAAGGAUCCCGAUAAAAUUCGAGCCAUUAUCGACAAAUUGGUUACAGAUUUUGCUUAUUCAAUAAAUGCGAAUUCGCGCAGCGGAGGGUUAAUAGGUCUGGCAGCCGCGUCGAUUGCUUUAGGACCCAAUGUUGCUCCAUACCUAGAUGACAUCGUCACGCCUGUACUUGCUUGUUUCACUGACCAAGAUUCGCGUGUCAGAUAUUAUGCAUGCGAAAGUAUGUACAAUAUAGCAAAGGUGUCCAAAGGAGAAAUAUUAAGGUACUUUAAUGAAGUAUUUGAUGCGUUGUGCAAGCUAGCAGCAGAUUCUGAGCUUUCCGUAAAGAAUGGGGCAGAGCUUUUGGAUAGAUUAAUUAAGGAUAUUGUUGCAGAACAAUCCACUUCGUAUGUUUCCGUUCUUACACCAGCACCAGUUGCACAUGAUGACUUAAUGGAUCCAGUCUCUAUUCCACGCACUACAGCAUUUUCUUUGCCCCGGUUUAUUCCUUUGCUUGGGGAACGUAUUCGUGCCACCAAUCCUUAUACGCGUAAUUUUCUGGUAUCAUGGAUUACAAUGUUAGAUUCAAUUCCGGAUCUUGAACUUGUAUCGUUUUUACCUGAUUUCUUGAACGGACUUUUGCAAUUUCUAAGCGACAAAGAUGUAAGAUAUACAACAUCUGUAGUACUGGCAAACUUUUUAGCUGAAAUACGUGAGGCAGUUGAAGUUAAAGAGCAACAAAAGCAGCAGGCAAUGAAAGCUUAUUUCGUGGAACAGCAAAGAAAAUUAGCAGCUGCAUCCGAAACUGCUAGUGAAGCCGGAGAAAGUGUUAAAGAUAGUAAUGUUAGUAUCGAUGGAGAUGAUGCCGCUUUGGGGAAGCCAGGCGUCUAUUCAUUAGAUGGAGAUAUUAAUUGGGAUUCCAUUUCAAUGAACGAGACGGAGGGUAGAGGCAAAGGUUCAUGGGUCCCCGGACAAGGCGUUGUUAUUGAUUACAUUAGGAUUGUCGAAAUAUUAAUGCCACAUUUGUCUUCACAAGAGGAAGAAAUUCAAGCCACAGCCCUAAAAUGGAUAAAUGAAUUCACGAAUCUCGCGAAGGAAGUAAUAAUAUCAUUCACGCCUCAACUGAUAAUAGCUCUGAAUAGCGCUGUGGAGCUCAACAAGAAUCUUCACAAGAUGAUACUUGAAACCCCAACAAAUAGCACUUCGUCAUCACAACCACCACCAUAUUCAGUAGUUACCAAGGAGUCAUCAUCCUUCUCCUCGACUUCUUCUAUUGAUUCACACAUUGGAAACCAUAAAGAACUUCAUCAAAUUAAUCCGUUGCCGUUAAUAUAUGAACAAGCUGAUCCAUUUGAUUAUCAGGCAACUGUCGAGGCGUUAGUUCAUCAAUUUCUAAAUGAACAUGAAGAAACUAGAGUGGCAAGUUUGGAUUGGUUGUUAAUGCUUCAUAAAAAGGCACCCAAAAAGAUUCUUGCGAUUGACGAUGGUACAUUUCCGGUAUUGUUAAAAACUCUAUCCGAUUCUUCAGAAGAGGUCGUCAAACGAGAUCUUCAACUUCUUGCACAAUUAUCAUCCAGCUCUGAAGACGAAUAUUUUACCCGCUUCAUGGUGGAUCUAUUGAAACUUUUUAGCACUGAUCGAGGAUUACUCGAAUCACGGGGUAGUCUAAUUAUUCGCCAUUUAUGCCAGAGUCUCAAUUCGGAAAGAAUUUAUCGAAGCUUUGCGGAAAUUUUAGAAAGAGAAGAGGAUAUAGAAUUUGCUUCAAGUAUGGUUCAAAAUCUCAACAGUAUUCUUAUAACAUCACCGGAACUUUCUGAUUUACGGAAGAGACUCAAGAACCUUGAGACAAGAGAUGGGCAAAUGUUAUUUACCGCUUUAUAUAAAUCUUGGUGCCAUAAUCCAGUGGCUACAUUUUCUCUUUGCUUGUUAGCGCAAGCAUACGAACAUGCAGCAAAUUUGUUACAAAAUUUUGCUGACCUUGAUGUAACUGUUAACCUUCUAAUUCAAAUCGAUAAACUUGUUCAGUUGCUUGAGUCACCAGUAUUUACAUAUCUACGUCUUCAACUCCUUGAACCCGAUAAAUAUCCGUAUCUUUUUAAGUGCCUCUACGGUCUUCUGAUGCUUUUACCACAGAGUAGUGCGUUUGCAAGUUUGAAAAAUCGAUUAACUAGUGUCUCCUCUAUGGGAUUUCUGCAUUUAAUUCCAUCGAAGAGCCCUUCUACGGCUGGAAGGACGACCACAAAAUUGUCGACCGUAAAAGAAGAUGGAAUAAAAUUUCAAGAUCUUCUGACUCAUUUCAGGACCGUCCAAACAAAGCACGAGAAGAUUAGAAAGCAAGCAAAUCAAUCACUAGGAAAAACAGGCAGCUUAUCUAUGCGUAGUCGUCGUAUGCGCGAUCGAGAUCAUCGUGAUCGUACACAUCAUCCGACGAAUACGUCGCAGCCUUCAUCCGCAUCUAGUAAACAUGGUGCCUUGUCUGCAAAUUCAACAGAAAAUCGAGCAACCACUGGCUAUAACAAUGCUACAAAUAGUAAUGUUUCAGGAAGCUUAUCAACAAGUCAGCCUAGGAGACGCCUUAGUACUGCUAGCUCGAAUAGUACAACAAAUGAUCAUGGAACUGUGAGUGCGAAUUCUUAUCCACAAAGCCCACCAGCUAGCGGUAAACGUGGAUCUACUCAUAAAAAAUAG